CUAGUGUACUCAGUUUUACAUCUACUCUCUGUACGCACUGUAUGUUUCAUGUAAGAAAUCAGUGAGAGAAUAUGGCUGAGAGAACACACAACCACCUACGGCUUCAUUCGCUGUUAUGUCUUUUCUGCGUCACUCAGGCCGUGAAAGUAGAGAACAUAUUGACAGAGGCAGAUUAUGUCCAGACUCAGGAGCCGACAGGAGAGUUUAUGUUCCAGUUUGAUGGGGAUGAGAUAUUUCACGUGAAUCUUGACAAGAAAGAGACUAUAUGGAGACUCCCUCAGUUCGGACAAGUAGCCAGUUUUGAUGCACUUGGAGCAUUGCAGAAUAUUGCAAUUUUGAAAUUCAAUCUGGAUAUAGCCAUGAAGCGAUCAAACCAUACAGCAGCAACAAACGAACCACCAGAAAUCAGUAUAUAUGCAGAGACCCCCAUAGUUCUGGGGGAGCCAAAUACCCUGAUCUGUGCCACUGACAAAUUUUUUCCUCCAAUCAUAAAGAUGACCUGGCUAAAGAAUGGCCAGCCUGUUACAAAUGCAGUAUCUGAGACAGACUAUUACCCUUUACAAGACGGUUCCUACAGCAAGUUCCUCUAUUUGGCUUUCAUUCCUACAAAGGACGAUAUCUACAUAUGCUCUGUGGAGCAUGCUGGACUGCAGACCAUACCCACUAACAAGAUCUGGGUAACUGAGGUCCCUUCUCAUGAAUCAGAGGCAGUAGAAAAUAUGAUUUGUGGCUUGGGACUGGCUGUGGGAAUCAUCGGAAUUAUUGCUGGUAUGGUUCUGAUUAUUAAAGGAAUAAAAAAUAACAAAAGCCGAGGAAGAGGUCACUGACCUUACAGGUACCUGCCUAGAAUCAUGUUCAGUCACAUCCUCAGCGACCGUGGGCUGCCAGAACAUUUGCUUCUCUAGUUGCAUAAAGUUUUUAUGAUUCUUCUUCAACAAGCGCAUCAUUAUUAUUCAACUGCAUCAAUUACUGAAACAGAUUAACAUCUAGGGACACAUUUACUUAGUUGACGGAAUGCUUUAUAUAUCCUUCAAUGCCAUAUACUUUUAAAGUGGUUAUUUUAAAGAUGACCAUAUUUUUUUUUUGGUAAACAUAUAGAUUGUGAUGUUUUUAGAGUAAUUAUGUGGUACAGAAUACAUUUGGUUUCCCCAGAAACAGCUCAGUUUAUCAAAUCAUGGAAGGACAAGGUUCCCUACAGAGUCUGCUGCCCACAUUUAACAUUGCACAAGUAUUUUCUUGUGCAGGACCGGUCCCUUGUCUCACGCGACCAAUCGCUCGUGAGCAGGGACCGUUAAUGACCACUGGUUCUAAACUUGUGCCAAGUAGACUUGCAUGAGCAAGCUUGCUCCUCAAGGGCCCUGUAUAUUAAACAUUGCUAUAUCACACAAUACUAGAAUUUAGUACAAAAUAACAAUACAUACAAUUCUAAUUAAUCAAUAAUUGACAACAAAAGGCCUAAAUAAUUAGAUUAAACAGUGUAUUUUCUCUAUGUAUUGAUUUAUGUAUAUAAGUGUAAUGGAUUGUCUUGAAUGUUUGAUUCUAAGAGUUAUGAAAUAAAGACGUUUAAAUAGGA